AACUAAUUAUUAUAAAAAUGAAGAAGUCACUCCAGUUAAUUGUGAUCCUAGCAUUUUUAGCCUGUGCACAAGCUGUGAUAAACUCAAAAUUAGGUAGUUUUAGAUCACCUCCAGAUUUAAGACUGUCAGUCAAUAUGUUCAAAAUAGAAAAGCAUAUGAAGUUUCUUGUUCCUUUCGUCAGAUCAGCUGGGCUUUUGUUUAUCGCUCUUGGAAAUUACAACUUACCCUUCAGAGAACUGUUUAGGUUCUCUGAUGAAUUGGUUACAGUUAUCCUAUCUGUCUUCCAUUGCAAAAAUCUGAGCUGAUUAUCUCCUGCAUAUGUAUUGACCAAAGGCUUUAAUGAAUUCAGACAUUUCUCUAGGAGCUCGAUAUCAGAAUUUGAUUAUGGAUUUUAAAGAGCUUGCAUGGAAAUAUGGAAAGAAGUUAUUUGGAAUUAUUAAAAAGAUCAUUGAUACUGAAGGGAUGGCUACUUUUGAUGAGAAGUCAAGUUGCAUCCGCAUGAGAAUUUGCCAGUACUUCAUGCCAACAUUUGUAGGCAAUGACACUUCAAAUUGCUCAGAAUUUGAUGGGAUCAUUCGCAGUUUUUCUGAACAGCCUAUAGAUCCAGGUAUCGACUGGAUAUCUCUCUGCAUUAAACUCAUAGUGCUCACAGUUCUUAUUGGAGCGAAUUAUUUUGUGUACAAUCUUACUAUGAAAGAGUACAAAAAAUAUCAAAUAUCACAGAAAAAGAACCCUCAAGAAGUAUCUUUAUCAGUGAUUUCCAGAACAUCAUCAGAGGUUUCCAGAGCAUCAUCAGAGGUUUCCAGAGCAUCAUCAGAGGUUUCCAGAGCAUCAUCAGAGAUUUCCAGAACAUCAUUAGGGGGUCCCACAAUAUCAUCAAAUACUAACAGUAGUCAUGGUUUCAUGAGCUCCGUUGCUCGCGAUAACGCUGAUGAACUUAUAUGCUAAUUCCCCAAUAUCCCAAGUGCGGUCAGUCACUAAGUAAGACUACAA